AUACAACGUCAGACAUCAAGCGAGCAACAGCCACUCCCACAAACCCCUCCCUCAUCAACCGGGUAUCACAAGAGCACCAGUAGUGAUAGUGAUGAGGAGUUCUUUGAAGCUCAGGAUACCUUUGAAGAACACCAUAAGGAAGACUUGAGAUCUUCUUCAGUGUCUUCGCUAGACUCAAAAACAAAAAAGCUUGAUUUGGAGCCUCUUGUUAAUAUUGAUCCUCUUAGCCUGUUUGCCAGUGAGAGUGAAGACACUGAUCUGUUCACUGGUAGAGGAGGAGGAGGAGGAGGGAAGGGAAGAGGAGAAGGAGUGCCUAUAAGAAUAGGAGCACUGAAACCUUUUAAAGGAUUGACUUUACUAAAAUCUAACGAACAACUUUAUGUCCCUGAAACACAAGAGCAGACUCCACUAACUGAAGACAUGUUAUGGGAGCAACAGAGUGUUCUGUCUAAGCUAGGGACAUCAGAGGAGGCAGCUCAAGUGAGAGCUAAAAUGCAAAGCAUGUCACUCCUCUCAGACAUGCAAGCAUUCAAGGCUGCUAAUCCUGGUUGUGUAUUGGAGGAUUUUAUAAGAUGGUAUUCUCCACGUGAUUGGAUUGACAGCAAUGAUGAUGAUGAUGAUGAUGAAAAAUCCAGUGAUGGUUUGAAACCCAAGGAGAAUGACCCCAAGGGUCGUCUUAGUAUAAGAAUGAGACAGGCUGGUAAUAUGUGGGUGGAAACAUGGGACAAUGCCAGUCCAAUACCAGCUUACAAGCAGAAGAGACUGUUUGAUGAUACAAAAGAAGCAGAGAAAGUCUUGCACUGGCUGUCGGCUUUGAAACCAGCAGAAUUAGUGCUAAUGGUGUUACCUUGCUUGGUUCAUUCAGCAGUCCUGCAUCUUAAAAAAGAGCUAGAGGAGAUGGCAUUACCCAGUGCUUGGGGUUACAUCAAUGAUGCUAUCAAUAUAACUAAGACAAUACAGUGGAUAUCUUUAGACUCACUCCCCAUUUAUCAGGAAUGUUUUGGUUUAUUGGAGAAAACAGAACAUGACAUUGCAACUGCAGCAUCUCUUCAUGCAAAGCUGAAGCAAGGACUGGAUAUUAACACUGACUCUGUUAAGAGAACAGCAGCAGAGGACAAGGAACUAAUGGCCAGUAUACAAAUACUAGUGGAAGAGCCUGAACUGGUUUUACAAGAUCCUGUAACCAGUGUAACCGGAUUAGCAUUCCAAGGACUGCUUAAGACUCAAAUAGCAUUUCAAAGUUUGGAUGAAGUGUCACCAUCUCGUCAUUCACGUCAGCAUCAAACUAAGUUCACUGGGGCUGCUCUGCCAAAAGCAACUGCUCGAGAGUUUAUCUUAAGAACUGUGUCUCCUCAGCCAUCCUUACUGUCCAGCCCUGCUCCUCAGAGAAUGUUCUGUUUUCUAACUAAAGAUGAGACUCGAGUAGCAGGAGCCUUCACACAAGAUGUUUUAAUUGUUUAAAUCAUUAUGAUUGUUUGAUCCUAUUAUUAUAAUUUACAAUUAAGACUAAUAUGUUUUUAACAAUUAUCAUCAUUGAAUGCACUGUGUAUAAAAAGCAAGUGUAUGCUUGAAUGUUGUCUAAAUCUUUUGGCAUUUCCUUUUUGGAAUAAUAUAUAUCUAAUUAUUGAUGAGUUUUGUACAUAGAUAACUUUAUUUUACGAGUUUAUUUUGUUGGAAGCAUGUUUAUGCUCUUGACUA